AUGAAUGCGAGUGGAACAACGGCAGAUGUGAGCAAGAUUGCAUUAAUACAGUCGGCUCAUACGUAUGUGCUUGUCGUCCUGGUUAUAUAUCGGAUUUCAGACGUUCGCGUCGCCGAGAUUUCUCCAGACGAAUUUCUGGCUUUUGUUUCCAGGAAUAGAAGCCAGUGCCAAGAUAUAAACGAGUGCUUGAACCGUAACGGCGGCUGCAACGGCGAAUGCGUUAACACAGCCGGAAGUUACUACUGUACGUGCAGCGGUGACCUGGUGUUGGCUUCCGACGAGAGAACUUGCGUUUCAGCGGAAUUGAGAUGCCGUGCCAUGGAACCGCCCCUGCACGCCGAAAUCAGAUGUCCGGGUCAUUCUUCCGGGGUGGUGGAUUAUCCUGUUGGAGCUAGAUGUCAUAUACGAUGUCGAAGAGGUUACAGGCUAGAGGGACCGCACACGAGGUAUUGCAUGACCGGCGAUCGAUGGAACGGCAAGGAGCCGGUCUGUGUUCAAGAAUCGAUCGUGACCGAUUCCCGUUACCAUUCAGGUGAGCUCUUUCUUUAACCUUCGAACGAUGGAUAGUCCUAGAAACGUUCAGCGACUCGUUGCCUCUAACGUUUCUACAAGUAUAAAAUAUACGUAUACAUUGCAAUCUUAUUCAGAUAGCAGACCGCGGAUUUUUGUUGCGAGUUUGUGAUUUAAAAAAAAAAAAUGGAACUUCGAUAGGAAAAUUAUUUCACGUACCAAAAGUUUUAUUAAAAGUAGUACAUUGUGCGUUUCAAAAUUUUCCAUAGACGUGGUUUCUCUUUUUCUAAUAUGGGUUUUUUUUUCGUAAAAGUUAACAAUUAUUACGAAUUGAUUGUUGUUGGUAGGAAACAUGGUUUAGGUUGUUUAGAGACAAAGAUGAACACGUUGAUUGCCGAUUAUACACUUUGCCAAUAAAAAGGAAUAUAAUAAAAUCUUCGCGAUGUUUCAACGUAUCUGGUAUCUGCAUUCGACGUGAUCACAAUACUGUAAUAAUGUCAUUAAAUAAGUACAUUGGAACAAAAUAUGAAAUUAUUAAGAGAUUCAGAAAAAAAGUGUGCAACAAACUUAACAUUAUUUAAACACACUAAUCGCUCAAUCAAUACUCAAUUAGUUUAAGAUUGUAUUCUCAAUUGAAUGUCUUUUACUCCAUAAUAUUAUCUAGUUAUUUAACGUUGAUUUCCUUUUGUCGACGAUAUUCAUAUCUUUUUAUAGUCGUUCUAAAAUUUUUAAUAGAAGUAGAGACGUUAAUCACUAGUGACGACCACCGUGACAACCGUGUUAAUCUUUUAGCAGACGUUACUCUGAUAGCUAAAAUUGCAUCAAGUCAAUCUUUGAAACCGCGGCAAAUUUUCUCGCGAUAAUAGACAGAUUUAAUGGAAAAUUACGGCAAUUUCGUUUUCGACGGCGAAGCAAACGCGAUUAAGAAAUUUAGCGCGCAACAGACGCGGUUACUUGCAAUGUCUUAAAAUUCAGCUUGCUUCCUCAGUGUCGAAUUAGGCAAACGUUGAAUUUAAGCUUUGCCUAUGAAACUUUCAGCAUGACGGAGGAUUUAUAUCAGGAAUUUUCGCGAGAUGUGGGAUUAAAAAUGACAGAUCUCUGAUAUUCCGGUUUAAAUAAAUCAUUAAAUUGAGAAUAAUGCAGCGACGUCAGUCAUUUAAGAGGGGAAAUCCAUAUACAGUUGUCGUUCAACUAUUUUUGAGGAUUUAUUCACACACGUUUAUUUACUUAGCUAGUUGAUCCAUGAAAAUUUGUAGCUAUAAAUUGAAUGUGAUUUAAUGAUAUGCAGUGAAAUUUAAAAAUUCAUGUUAUAUUUGAAUUCGAAUAAAUUUAAAUUUCGAUGAAUCUUUCAGAUUCAUUUACCAAAGUUAGUACGAAUAUAUAA